AAUAUACCAAGUAGUUGAAGAGUUAGAACAGGGUAAAAAUCUUUCGCAAGAUUUCUGACGUUAAUUAUAGCACGACCCAUCCCACCAUAUCCCAAACAUUCUGUCCCAUGCUGAUGGUUCAACCGGAUCCAGCCUUAGGGGAAGCGCCACCGUUCCCCGGGGGCAGCGGUGGCGGUGGCGCUGGCGAGGGUGAGACGGAGGAGGCAGCGGCGCCGGCGACGAAGGGGAGGGCGGUGUGCUGGGACGGCUGUGGCCGGCCGUCGAGCGUGUGCGUGUGCGACCACCUCCCAUCCUGCCCCAUCCCCACCGCCACCCGCGUUGUCGUCCUCCACCACCCCCACGAGCUCCGUCGCAAGCUCGCCACCCUCCCCGUCCUCUCCAAAUGCCUCCACAACCUCUACCUGCUUCCCGGCCGCCGCCUCCGCCUCGGCUCCUCCCCCCUCCUCGACUCCCUCUACCACUCCUCCCCCUCACCCACCAAAGCCCUCUUCCUCUUCCCCAGCUCCGAUCCCUCCUCCCCUGUUGCCGACCUCGGGGCCUGGGUCGCCGCGACCCCGCCGGCGGACCGGAGGGAUCCCGUCCUCAUCGUGUUCGACGGGACGUGGAGGGAAGCGAAGGAGAUGGUGGCGGCGAGCCUGCCGUUCCUUUCGCGGUUCGCGGUGCGAGUCUCGCUGGGAUGCGACGAAGGGAAAGAGGGGGAGAGUAUCUUCGAGUCGGAGCUCUUGCUGAGGAAGGAGCCGUUUUUGGGGUGUGUCAGCACAAUGGAGGCGGUGGCGAGGGCGCUGCGGGUGCUGGAACCGGACGGCGCCGGGGCGGACAUUGAGGCGAGGUUGCUCGCCGUGCUCCGGGCGAUGGUCGGGUUCCAGGCGGCUAAUCUGAAGCCCAUGAAGUCCAGGCCGAGGUUACAGAAGAAGAAGGAAAUCAAGAAGAAGAGCUACGAAGAGGAGCUUGAGAGAGGAAUCAACAUGUGAACUCGUGCAUUCUUUUCUCCACAUACGGAUGGUAGCUAUCAUGCGUAUCUUUUUCUAGGUUUGUUAAAAAUGAUACAAAAUAAGAAGACUUUUAUAUUGUGAAGCCAAUGGCUCUUGGCUUUGAUAUACCAAUUUUAAUUAUAUUUUCUCCACAUUGAUGGAGAGGCAGAGCUCACCCAGGAAUCAUCUUUUUCUCAGCAAGGAAGUUUUGACCAUGAAAGUGUUGAGUUUUGAAUGAGUCAGCAGCAUAACAAGUUCAAGAGUGUAUUGUUUUUAAAAUAGUUUUGAGACUUUGGAUGUAAUAGAAAUCUGUAUUUUUAUAUAUCUAAAUUGUUAGUUAUAUGUCUUAAAAGUCAGAUUGAUCAAUAUUUGUAAUAUUUUCUUAGAACAUAUUUUGUAAUAUUGACUUAUAAUUAAUAAAAUUGAAUUUAUUUCUAUUCAAA